GGACACACCCAACUGUGCACAUUGAUCUCUGGCCCACCUCUGAAUGGUACUUUGACCACGCAACUUUGUGAACUGAGAUAACCAGAGACAGUCCAUCAUGUCUUAUUUCCUUCCGCAUUUGCACUCUGGUUGGCAUGUCGACCAAGCUAUCCUCAACGAAGAGGAACGAGUGGUCGUGGUUCGAUUUGGGCACGAUUGGGAUCCAACUUGUAUGAAAAUGGACGAAGUACUCUACGCUAUAGCCGAGAAAGUUAAGAACUUUGCCGUAAUAUACCUAGUAGAUAUCACCGAAGUCCCUGAUUUCAACAAAAUGUAUGAAUUAUACGAUCCAUGUACAGUCAUGUUUUUCUACCGAAACAAACAUAUAAUGAUCGAUUUGGGUACUGGUAAUAAUAACAAGAUCAACUGGGCAUUGGAGGAUAAGCAGGAAAUGGUGGAUAUUGUUGAGACAGUGUAUCGCGGUGCAAGAAAAGGACGAGGUUUGGUCGUGUCCCCCAAGGAUUACUCAACGAAAUAUAAAUACUAGACAGCUUUUUGGAGAUGCAUCGAUCGUGUACAUACUUUUAUAUAUUCUGGGGUGUGUCUGUCCAUUUGCA